AUGGUCCUUUACAUCACCAUCACCUCUCUGCCACUUCGGAUCCAAUCCACUCUCGAACUGGUCGCACGAGCUUACCUCUCACUGCAGACUGCGCCCUCCGAAACAAUGGCAUAUACCACCGAGAGACUCCAGUUAGUCAAGAAACUGUUUAUACUCUCAAAGAAGCCCACCCUCAACUUCAAUAAUACCGACCACUGCAAAUACUCGCUACGCGCAAGAAAGACCAACAUAACCAAGUGGUUAUUCUCCACUUGGAUCGACGACGACGCUGACGACACAUACGAUCCGAGACAAGACAGCAGCUCAUUCAAAAGAAAACGGCUCCGGGCAGACGAUUCAGAUACCACCCAAUCACCGAAACGUGCAAAGCAGUCUGGCGGUCUAGUGGUCACCAUGGCAUUGAAUUCCCCGGCUGGGAAGGGGUUUCUGUCAUCUCUACCUAUGUACCAGGAUGGUGAAUCGGAUCAGGAAGAGGAGGAAUGGAUGGCCGCCAUCAAAGCUGUGGCCGAGUCAGCGCAAGUGUCGGAGAGUACUGGUCAAGAUGCGGUCCCCCCACCUGCUCCUGUAUCCAGCGAGAAGCCCCCUGUGGCUAGCCCAACGGACCCAGAUGGCCAUGGAUGUGAAAUGUGCUGGACUCUGGGGCUGGAUUGCAUCCUAGCAAAGGAUCCGUACGCAUACCCUUGUUCGUACUGUAGGGAAAAUGGAAUGGACUGCCAGCCGUGGGAGACCCCAGAAUGGAAGCAAGCCUGCGAGGGUUGCAAGAGAGCAAAGAAGCCAUGUUCAUAUGAAAGCGACGAUACAGGCCACGAUUUGCCGUGCCAGAGAUGCCGCAAGGUUGGAGACUACUGUGUCGCAGGCCCGGCCCGAGAAAAGCCCAGCCCCAAAGCAGCCGUCACAAACAGCGAAGCGAGCUCCUCCAAGACCGCACGUCCACCCAGCCCUACCGUUCCUGUGAGCAAGUCCCCAGACACUCCCGUCAUCCGGACCGCCCUGGCCCACCCGGUCGACUUUACCUAUGUGCCACCGGAAGACGGUUCCAAUCCGUGUCAUUGGUGUGACAGCUUCGCAUAUGGGCUUGUGGGACUCGGGCCCACGGAGGUGGAAGUCCUCGACUCGGGUGACGGGCGCUUCAUCGAGCUCAACGGGGGUCACGUUGCCCAGGGUCACGACCCGAGUCGCAUGUGUGUAACGUGUGCCUUGGAGCGCAUCCACAUUACGGGGUGCCCCGGUCACAGGAUCGUCGCGUUGAAGACGUAUCAGGCGGAAACUUUCGACUUUGCAGCCGCCUUCGCGAGUCUAGCCCCAGGACAGAAGAAGAUGAAUCCUUGGUGUUCGCUGUGUAUCGCACCAGCGUUCUACGGGUGUAAUGCCGUCCAAAGCGUGAAUUUGUAUCAGGAGCCGGUUGAUCCAUCGUCCCCUGAAGCCAUAGGAUGCGGGCUACUGCUUUGCGAGAAAUGUAAUAUGCUGAUGAAGGUGUUGGGGGAUCUGGGAAAGGUGGCUGCGAAGAAUGACGAGAGGGAUCCCGAUUGGUGUCGAGCGGACGUGUGUUAUCUUCUCCCUGGAAAUGCAUUAUAUCGGUGCUACAUGGAUGCAAGGGGUUCGAAUUAA